CUCACCCCAUUUCUCACAAUCUCACUCACACAACAGAAUCAAUAGAAUUGGAGAGAGAAAAAAACCCAGAAAAACAAGAAAGAGAAAAAAAACCCAGAAAAACAAUGGCAGCCUACAAUUCCGAAUCUGAAUCCCAAGACAAAACCAUAAUUUCUACAACCACCAACAACCAAACAACAACCCCAAAUUUCGAUCAUCAAGAAGAUGAAGAAGAGGUGAUUGUAUAUGAACCAAAAUCCAGAAUCAGGAAACCCAGAAAGAGGGUACCGCAGGUUUGUUUAGAAGGAUACGUUGAACCCUCUGAUGACGAUGAUUUACCUCGAACAAAGAGCUUAACUGAUGAUGAUCUUGAUGAAUUAAAGGGUUGUGUUGAUUUAGGGUUUGGGUUUAGUUAUGAUGAAAUUCCUGAACUUUGUAAUACUUUGCCUGCUUUGGAGCUUUGUUAUUCUAUGUCUCAGAAGUUUCUAGAUGAUUAUCCUAAUCAACAACAACACCAUCAACAAAGUUUGAAUCAUGCUAAUAAUACUAAUGAUACGGCGUCGUCUUCUGGGUCUGAAUCUUCUAGUCCUAUGCCUACUUGGAAGAUCUCUAGUCCUGGUGAUCAUCCUGAAGAUGUCAAAGCAAGGCUAAAAUUUUGGGCUCAGGCCGUGGCGUGCACUGUCAAAUUAUGCAGCUAGAUUGCAGCGGCAAUGCUGUCGACUGAUUUUAUCAGUCUAAAGACAAAAGAAUGUCCUAUUUUCCCUAAAAGAUGAAAAGUCAAAAAAACUUUCGUAAUCAAAAUGGAUCGAUCUUUGAAUGGGAAGAUGAACAUGCUAGGACCGUCAAAGUUCAGAACUUUGCGACCGAAUUUUGGACAAGAUGGAAUCAGAACCAUUAGAGAAGAGGACCGUGUCAGGUCUGAGAUUAAUCAACUACCGAUGAUGGUCUGACAUUUAGUGCUCGGCUUAGAUUUUAGCUUGUGAUUAUUUGUAAUGAUAGAUGAAAUAAAAGAGAUGAAAGUGGAAUAAAACUUACUUCUUCAAUCAUUUAAUUGGUUUGUGCAA